AUGGAUCAGUUACCUGAGGAUGUUGGAGAGUCUGAGGAGGAAGAUGGAGACAAUGAAAUCGAUAUCAAAGAGAUCAAGCAUAUUGAACAUUUGGUGCCAAUAGAAGGAAGGCAUGGAAAAGGAAAUAAAGAAAAGAAAGGAGGCACAAAUAAAAUCAGUAGGGAUAUGGUGGAAUUCAGAGAUUUCAUUCAGGGGAUUGAGGCAGUGGAUUGUAUUUUGUCUGAAGAAUGGUUCACUUGGAUGAACAGAAGAAUGGGCCUCACCAAUAUUGCGGAACGAUUGGAUAGGUUCUUGACCGAAACAAAAUGGAUUAUGGAGGGAAUACCAAUCAGUGUGAAGACUCUCCCUUACUGUUUGUCGGAUCAGUUCCCCAUAAUGCUAGAAAUGGGCUCAGAAAUUGGUCGUGGGGGAGAUAAAAUCAAGGUGUGGAACAAAGAGACAUUAAAAAACAUCUUUAAUGAAAAGGACCGAGUUGAAGGGGAAUUAGAUGCUUUAAACAGGAAAAUCAUGGACAAUGGGAUGAGCAAGGUAGAUUUCAUUAAUGACAAAAAUCCAAAGGAAAGACUUGUAGAACUACACAUUAGGGAGGAAAUUUACUGGAGGGAUAAGGCGAGGGAGAUGUGGAUAAAAGAUGGGGAUAAAAACACAAAAUAUUUUCAUUCCUCUGUUAAAGCAAGACAAGCCUUUAAUCAGGUUAGUGAAAUUACCUUGGAGGAUGGGCACAAGUUGCAAAAUAUGAAUGAGAUUGGACAAGCUGCAGUUGAAUAUUUUUUUGACAUUCUCAAUGAUAAAAUAAGAGAUCCUAUAGUUGGGAAUGUGGAGUUAAUGGAGGAUAUUCCUAGACUAGUCACGUUAGAAGACAACGCUAUGUUGAUGGCUCCCUUCACUUUGGAGGAAGUUAGGAAGGUUUUUUUUUGUCUAGACCUGGACAAAGCCUCGAGGCCGGAUGGUUUUCCUGCACAUUUUUAUCAAAAUUUGUUGGGACUUCAUAAAGGAGGAUAUUUGGAAAGUGAUGGAGGAUGUUAG